GAUUGUGAGGAAAUUUCUUUUCGACGUUACCUUGCUGGGGCCAGAGCCCGCAAGGGACGAAUCGUGAGAGCCCCCAAGAGAUUGGACAUGUGACUUAGCUACCCCUCCCUAACAUCGUUGAGUUAUUGAAAUGUUUUGGUUUUGGUUUGGUUCAUUAACACACUCGAUCUAUUGUGUCGAAGGUUUCUCAUGUAGUUCAACGAGUAAAUCAGAAGAGGCUUACCAAAUACACGUUGAAUUUAACAUACGUGAACGAAGCGGACCGGUCUUUUUCAACUGACUCAGUUAAAAAAACGAUGAGAGAUAUGCACGUUUAUAGUUAAAAACCUUGACUUUAUCAUUGACGACAAGCAGAGAGCACAGAGUUCCCUUUCAGAGAGAAACAGAGUUUAGUCUGAGCCCGCGAUGAAAAGCAAUACAUUUCACACUCGAAUGACCAUGAACACAUGUCUUUGCCUCACUCGCGACUUUCUUUUGUUUAGUCGCAAUUUAGACAGCAGACAGAACGAAACGUUCUCAUCAAUAUCUGACUCUGUUUGAAUGCAUACAAGAAAGUAUGUCUCUCGGUACAGGCAGCAAAGAUCAUUGGAGCGAGAGAGAGAGGUAUACGAUCAGGGAAAGAUGCAAGUUUAUGUUUAACAACGAGCUCUUAAGCGAUGUGAAGUUUGUUGUGCCAGACCCUGAGGGCGGAAGUGAAAGUAUGAAGACGAUUCCAGCUCACAAGCUCGUGUUGGCGAUCAGUAGCCCAGUAUUUUACGCCAUGUUCUUCGGUGAAUUAGCAGAGACGACGAAUUCCAUCAACCCCUCUGACUGCGAGUAUCCAAGCUUGCUGGAGUUGUUUCGCUUCAUUUACAGCGAUGAAGUGAACUUGAACGCCGACAAUGUCAUGCAUGUGUUGUAUUUAGCGAAGAAAUAUAUGCUUCCUUCUCUUGCUGACCAGUGCACAGAUUUCUUAGGAAAAAAUCUUGAUGCAUCAAAUGUGUUUCAUGUCCUGCCAGACGCACAGACUUACGAAGAGAAAAAUCUGGUGGAUAAAUGCUGGGAAGUGAUCGAUGAACAUGGAGACGAAGCUAUGAAAUCGGAUGCUUUCACAACAAUCGCAAAAUCUCUACUAGAGGAAUUAGUGGAGAGAGAGUCUUUGAAUGUUGCAGAAGUGGAGUUAUUUAAAGCUGUGGACUGCUGGGCCAGAAGAGAAUGUGAAAAGAAGAACCUGGCAGUAGAAGGGUCUGUGAAAAGGAAAAUCCUUGGAGAAAGGGUUGUUGCAAAUAUUCGCUUCCCGGUCAUGGAACAGAAAGAGUUCGCAGAGGUUGUUCUUGACUGUGAGAUAUUGACCCCUAAAGAAGCUUACGACAUAAUGAAGUACUUUAAUGGCGUGCUUCCUAAUCCAGUUGGAUUUCUUGAAACGAAAAGAAGUGGGGGAAACUCACGAAUAAGCAUGUACACAGCAUUAAGAUUCGGGCUGAAAGAUCCCGCCGGCCAUGGUGAGCUCUUCUCAAGCGAUCAUAUGAGACUUUCGGUUAACGAGACCAUUGAACUUCGAGCCGUUCGCCUAUUUGGUAGUGAAAACAAUGAAUAUAAGGUAUCUCUGGCAGUCGCGGAUAUCAAUUAUCAUUUUUUGGCUUCUAUGACAGACAUUUUUACAUCUAUGCCCAUGCAGAGUGACAUGGGUAACUAUCACGGCAUUCGUGUUAUAUUUAAUCCUAGUCUUACUUUGCAAGCAGAUACAGAGUACUUUUUCAACGCCACUCUUGAAGGUCCGCCAACCUGGUAUGCAGCAGAUGGAGUCUCCCACAAAGAACAUGAUGACCUUACCAUCUCUUUUUUUAGUGAUCUUUCAGGAGGACCAUUUGCUGAGUUGGAGUAUAGAUUAAAGUAAAUUGCACUCGUUAAAGUUGCA